UGUCAACCUUUAUAAUCACGGCUGCCUGCUGUUGCGCCCCUCGCCCUAGCGAAAUGUACAUUGCAGCUCAUACCCCGCGUGACCUCUCACUCGUGACUUGUGAAGUCCCAUGAGAUCCGCCGCACGCUAGACUUUCACAAACGAAUGAUGUGAAAGAUCGACAACGCCACCUCCCAAGUACCUGCUCGAUUUCCUAUCCUCUCUGUCUUCACCAUGCUGGACGAGAACCUCCCCACCUUCUUCCUCAAACCCUCCAUAACGGGCACGAAACACCACAACGAAUACUACCUCACCCACCACGGCUCCGAGCCCGAGCCCGCCUACCACCUCGAACGCGCCGAUCCCGCCUCGCCCUCGCCAGCGCACAAAAACUGCUACGCCGCCGCCCUCUUCGAUGCCUACAACCCCGAAAUCCUCUUCGGCGAAGUGCUCGCCCGCCCCGAAUGGACGAAAGCGACGCAAGCCGAAAGUGUCGGUGGCGUGCCUCCUCCUCCGCAACCUGUGCUACCCAGCGAGUUUACCGUGCAACUGUACAACCCCGACCAGCAGAUCAAGGUGGAGGUGAAGAGCAGCAAAUGGGGCGGACAAGAUUACUACGAGUUCAGCAUGCCGCAGGACGUGUUUCGCACGCCGUCAGCCUCGUCGCUCGACAAGGGCAGGUCGGAUCCAGCAUCGCUCGAAAUCACGCCGCGCAUUAACUUCGAGUGGCGCAAGGACAGCCGGUUGAAUAAGGAUUUGACAUGUUUCAUGACGGGCAAGAGCACUGAUACGAAGAAGAAGAAUAGCCGCAAGGACCCGGAUAUUUCGAUUGCGCUGUGGAGGGGGAUGAAGGAGCUCACGAUGUAUGAGCCAAAUUUGACGCGCGUGGAGAUGGAAGAUCCGAAGGGGUUGGAGGUUGUGCUGCUCCUGACGGCGGCGGUGAUCAAAGACCUUUAUUUCAGUUCGAAGGAGCAGACGCGCGAGUUGUUCAACAUUUCCGAAGCUGCUAUUCCAGCUGCUAUGGCGAAUGGGAGCGGGAGGAAAGUCAGCAAUCCGCAAGUUGCAGUCAGUUCUGUAGCUGCUGCUCCUGUUGCACUCGGAGGGAAGCACGCCGUAUUGCCUCGACUGCAAACAACACCGACAAACGCACAUCCUUCCAAUCUCCCGCCCUUCCCGGACGCACGAGCGCAAUGGGAACUGGAUGCGGAGACUGCACGACUCAAGGCGCAAGCAGAACAGGAGAAAGCAGCGGUACUGAGACGCCGGCGAGAGCAAGAGAAGCGGGACGAGGCGGAGCGCAAACGGCUGCAGAAGAUGGUGGAGGAAGAGGAAAAGGCGGCGCGGCGGAAGCAGGCCGAGAUUGACAAGGAGACGGAACGCCUGCGGAAAUUGUACGGCGUGCAACCUAUUCCGCAGCAUGCAUCUGGUCCACCGCAGCGGCCACACCCAAACGGACAUGGCUAUUCGCAUCCGCAGUAUAUGGGACCGCCGGGCCCGCCUGUCGGCUCGAAUGGACUGUAUGUUCAGCCGUCUGCGAGCACGAGUAAUGUAAUGAUGUCUGGGGGAAAUGGAAACGUGGGGAACGGCGCGCCAGGCCGGACGGGGUUCUUGAAGAAGAAGACUUCGUUCUGGCGAUGAGUCUUUACAUUAUUUGACUGAUUGCGUUUCAGCGAGGGCGUUGGUGGGCUGUAUUGGGUUAGAUACACCACGGCAUUGUAGGUAAUCAUGGUAUCACGAAUGACAGAGGACGUUUCGAA